CUAACGCUCUGCUGCAGCGCUCUUCCUCCUCUUCCUCACGCUCUUCGUCCUCCUCUUCCUCAGCCGGAGCGCCGCAGGGCUGCCGGUCCGAGUUCGGGGGAAGGUUUGGUUCUGACGGCUGGAGGGAUGGAGGCAGAGCCAGGCGUGCUGUUGCCGUGGCAGCCGUGCUGAGUUAGCGCUUCCUGCCUCGCCCCCAGGGGGGUAGAGAGAGAGGGAGGGAGAGAGAGAGUCCCUCGCUCGCCCUCUGUGCAGCUCAGUCCCUCUGAGGAGGAGAGCGGUUCUCAUCUGGACCGGUUCUGACCCGGAGGAAACCCGAACUGGACCUUCACCUGGGCCAGAUCAGAACUUUGUCCCUGGAGUGACUGCUGGCCGCUUCUGACCCGGUUCUCACCCGUUUCUCCUGAACCGGACCAAAACUUUUUCCUUGGAGUGACUGCUACCUCUGGACCGGUUCUGAUCCAGUGGAAACCUGAACCAGACCAGAACCUUUUCUCUGGAGUUGCUGCUGCAUUCCUCUGACCCGAUUCUCCUGAAUCGGACCAGAACUUUCUCUUGUAGCGGCUGCUGCCUGGUUCUGGGCCUGGUCCGGUCCGGUCCGGUGUGAUGGAGCUGGAGAGCGCCCCGCUGUCCCCCCUCUCUCCCCUGGCCCCUCCUCUGGACUACGCCGGGCUCCGGACCCCGUCCCCGGUACCGGGCGGGUCGGGCCGGGCCCCCAGCCCCAGCAGAGGGGCCGCCAGCCCGAGCCCCGGCUUCAACUACAACCAGCUGGAGGGACGGUUCAAGCAGCUGCAAGAUGAGCGUGAAGCGGUGCAGAAGAAAACCUUCACUAAGUGGGUGAACUCCCACCUGUCCAGGGUGUCGUGUCGGAUCACGGACCUGUACAUGGACCUGAGGGACGGCCGGAUGCUCAUCAAGCUGCUGGAGGUUCUGUCUGGAGAGAGGCUGCCCAAACCCACCAAGGGCCGCAUGCGGAUCCACUGCCUGGAGAACGUGGACAAGGCCCUGCAGUUCCUGAAGGAGCAGCGGGUUCACCUGGAGAACAUGGGCUCCCACGACAUCGUGGACGGAAACCACCGCCUCACGCUGGGCCUCAUCUGGACCAUCAUCCUGCGCUUCCAGAUCCAGGACAUCAGUGUGGAGACGGAGGACAACAAGGAGAAGAAGUCGGCUAAAGACGCUCUGCUGCUCUGGUGCCAGAUGAAGACUGCAGGGUAUCCAAACGUCAACAUCCACAACUUCACCACCAGCUGGAGAGACGGGAUGGCCUUCAACGCCCUCAUCCACAAACACAGACCUGAUCUGAUCGACUUUGAUAAGCUGAAGAAGUCCAACGCUCACUACAACCUGCAGAACGCCUUCAACCUGGCAGAGCAACACCUGGGGCUCACCAAGCUGCUGGACCCGGAAGACAUCAGCGUUGAACAUCCUGAUGAAAAAUCCAUCAUCACCUACGUCGUCACCUAUUACCACUACUUCUCCAAGAUGAAGGCGCUGAAGGUGGAGGGCAAGAGGAUCGGCAAGGUUCUGGACAACGCCAUCGAGACGGAGAAGAUGAUCGAGAAGUACGAGUCUCUGGCGUCGGACCUGCUGGAGUGGAUCGAACAGACCAUCAUCAUCCUCAACAACAGGAAGUUCGCCAACUCGCUGGUGGGCGUCCAGCAGCAGCUGCAGGCCUUCAACACGUACCGCACCGUGGAGAAACCGCCCAAGUUCACAGAGAAGGGGAACCUGGAGGUUCUGCUCUUCACCAUUCAGAGUAAGAUGAGAGCCAACAACCAGAAAGUUUUCACGCCACGCGAAGGAAAGCUCAUCUCCGACAUCAACAAGGCCUGGGAGCGUCUGGAGAAGGCGGAGCAUGAGCGGGAGCUGGCCCUGAGGACGGAGCUGAUCCGCCAGGAGAAGCUGGAGCAGCUGGCCCGCCGCUUCGACCGCAAGGCUGCCAUGAGGGAGACGUGGCUGAGCGAGAACCAGAGGCUGGUCUCACAGGAUAACUUCGGAUUCGACCUGCAGGCCGUGGAGGCGGCCACGAAGAAGCAUGAAGCCAUAGAGACGGACAUCGCGGCGUACGAGGAGCGCGUUCAGGCGGUGGUUGCCGUGGCGAGGGAGCUGGAGGCGGAGAGUUACCAUGACAUCAAGCGCAUCACGGCCAGGAAGGACAACGUGAUCCGGCUGUGGGAGUACCUGCUGGAGCUGCUGAAGGCCCGGCGCCACAGGUUGGAGCUCAACCUGGGCCUGCAGAGGGUUUUCCAGGAAAUGCUCUACAUCAUGGACUGGAUGGACGAAAUGAAGAUGCUGCUGCUGUCCCAGGACUACGGGAAGCACCUGCUGGGUGUGGAGGAUCUGCUGCAGAAACACGCUCUGGUGGAGGCCGACAUCUCCAUCCAGGCCGACCGUGUCCGCAACGUCAACAGCAACGCCCAGAAGUUCGCCAGCGACACCGACGGCUACAAACCCUGCGACCCGCAGGUCAUCCGGGACCGCGUGGCACACAUGGAGUUCUGCUACCAGGAGCUGAACCAGUUGGCGGCGGAGCGGCGCGCCCGCCUGGAGGAGUCCCGCCGCCUCUGGAAGUUCUUCUGGGAGAUGGCCGAGGAGGAGGGCUGGAUCCGGGAGAAGGAGCAGAUCCUGUCCUUGGAGGAUUAUGGGAAGGAUCUGACGGGGACGGUGCGGCUGCUGAGUCAGCACAAAGCCUUCGAGGACGAGAUGAGCGGCCGCGCCGCCCACCUGCAGCAGACCAUCAGGCAGGGCCAGCAGCUGGUGGACGACAACCACUUCGGAGCCGAGAAGAUCAAGGAGCGCAUCCAGGACAUCCAGGAUCAGUGGGCGGCUCUGGAGCGUCUGUCUGCCGUACGGAAAACCCGCCUGCAGGAGGCCUGCAACCUGCACCAGUUCCAGGCUGACGCCGACGACAUCGACACCUGGAUGCUGGACGUCCUGCGCAUCGUCUCCAGCGUGGACGUCGGCCAUGACGAGUUCUCGGCCCAGGCUCUGGUGAAGAAGCACAAAGACGUGGCGGAGGAGAUCAGCAGCUACCGGCCCGUCAUCGAGGCGCUGCACGAGCAGGCGCAGACGCUGCCACCGCAGGACGCCGGCUCCCAGGAGGUCCGGGCUCGGCUGGCCGGCAUCGAGGAGCGGUACCAGGAGGUGGCGGAGCUGACCCGGCACAGGAAGCAGGCGCUGCAGGACGCGCUGGCGCUCUACAAGAUGCUGAGCGAGGCCAGCGCCUGCGAACUGUGGGUCGACGAGAAGGAGCAGUGGCUCAACGGCAUGGACAUCCCCGAGAAGCUGGAGGACCUGGAGGUGGUCCAGCACCGGUUCGAGAAUCUGGAGCCGGAGAUGAACAGCCAGGCGUCUCGCGUCGCCGUGGUGAACCAGGUGGCCCGGCAGCUGGUCCACAGCGGGCAUCCCGGGGAGACCCAGAUCCGGGCCCAGCAGGACCAGCUCAACACCAGGUGGAGCCAGUUCAGAGACCUGGUGGACCAGAAGAAGGAGAACCUGAACUCGGCGCUGGGCGUCCAGAACUACCACCUGGAGUGCAACGAGACCAAGUCCUGGAUCAAGGAGAAGACCAAGGUGAUCGAGUCGACCCAGGAGCUGGGCAACGACCUGGCCGGGGUCAUGGCGCUGCAGAGGAAGCUGACCGGCAUGGAGCGCGACCUGGCCGCCAUCGAGGACAAGCUGACGGACCUGGACAAGGAGGCGGAGCGCCUGGCCAGCGAACACCCGGAGCAGGCCGGCGCCAUCAGGGGCCGGCUGGCCGAGAUCACCGCCGUCUGGGACGACAUGAAGGGGACGCUGAAGAACCGCGAGGAGUCUCUGGGCGAGGCCAGCAAGCUGCAGCAGUUCCUGCGGGAGCUGGACGACUUCCAGUCGUGGCUGUCCCGCACUCAGACGGCCAUCGCCUCGGAGGACAAGCCCAACGCGCUGGCCGAGGCCGAGAAGCUGCUGGCCCAGCACGAGAACAUCAAGAACGAGAUCCGCAACUACGAGGAGGACUACCAGAAGAUGAGGGACAUGGGGGACAUGGUGACGCAGGGCCAGACGGACGCCCAGUACAUGUUCCUGCGGCAGCGGCUGCAGGCGCUCGACACCGGCUGGAACGAGCUGCACAAGAUGUGGGAGAACCGGCAGAGCCUGCUGUCCCAGUCCCACGCCUACCAGCUGUUCCUGAGGGACACCAAGCAGGCCGAGGCCUUCCUCAACAACCAGGAGUACGUCCUGGCCCACACCGAGAUGCCCACCACCCUGGAGGCCGCCGAGGCCGCCAUCAAGAAGCAGGAGGACUUCAUGACCACCAUGGACGCAAACGAGGAAAAGAUCAGCGGCGUGGUCGACACCGGGCGCCGCCUGGUCGCCGACGGCAACAUUAACGGCGAGCGCAUCCAGGAGAAGGUGGACUCCAUCGACCAGAGACACAAGAAGAACCGGCAGGCGGCGAAGGAUCUGCUGAGCAGGCUGAAGGACAACAGGGACCUGCAGAAGUUCCUGCAGGACUGCCAAGAGCUGUCCCUGUGGAUCAACGAGAAGAUGCUGACGGCUCAGGACAUGACGUACGACGAGGCCAGGAACCUGCACAGCAAGUGGCUGAAGCACCAGGCCUUCAUGGCCGAGCUGCAGUCCAAUAAGGAGUGGCUGGACAAGAUCGAAAAGGACGGCCAGGCGCUGAUGGCAGAGAAGCCAGAGACGGAGGCCAUGGUGAAGGAGAAGCUGGCGUCCCUAAAGGUCAUGUGGGACGACCUUGAGUCGACCACCCAGACCAAGGCCAAGUGUCUGUUUGACGCCAACAAGGCCGAGCUUUUCACCCAGAGCUGCGCCGACCUGGACAAGUGGCUGACCGGCCUGGACAGCCAGCUGCAGUCCGACGACUUCGGCAAAGACCUGACCUCCGUCAACAUCAUGCUGAAGAAGCAGCAGAUGCUGGAGAGCCAGGUGGAGGUGCGUCAGAAGGAGGUGGAGGAGCUGCAGAAGCAGUCGCAGGCGCUGAGCCAGGAGGGGAAAGGUUCUGACGAGGUGGACGGGAAGCGGAUCACCGUGGAGAACAAGUUCCAGACGCUGCUGGCGCCGCUCAAGAUGAGGCGCGACAACCUGAUGGCGUCUCGCGAGAUCCACCAGUUCAACCGAGACGUGGAGGACGAGAUCCUGUGGGUGGAGGAGCGGCUGCCUCUGGCCACGUCCACCGACCACGGACACAACCUGCAGACGGUGCAGCUGCUCAUCAAGAAGAACCAGACGCUGCAGAAGGAGAUCCAGGGCCACCAGCCUCGUUUUGACGACAUCUUUGAGCGCAGCCAGCAGGUCCUGCGGGCCGGCAGCCCCACGGCCGAGCCGAUCCGGCAGAGGCUCACCGAGCUGCAGGCGCUGUGGGAGCGGAUCCGGAAGGAGACGGAGAACCGGCAUUCCCGCCUCAGCGAGGCCCACGAGGCCCAGCAGUACUACUUUGAUGCUGCGGAGGCCGAGGCCUGGAUGAGCGAACAGGAGCUGUACAUGAUGUCUGAGGAGAAGGCCAAGGAUGAGCAGAGCUCGGUGGCCAUGCUGAAAAAGCAUCAGAUCCUGGAGCAGGCGGUGGAGGAUUACGCCGACGCCGUCCAUCAGCUGUCCAGCACCAGCCGGGGCCUGGUGGCCGCAGGACACCCCGACAGCGAGCGCAUCGGCAUGCGGCAGUCGCAGGUGGACAAGCUGUACGCGGGGCUGAAGGACCUGGCGGAGGAGCGGCGCGGGAAGCUGGACGAACGUUUCCGUCUGUUCCAGCUGAACCGGGAGGUGGACGACCUGGAGCAGUGGAUCGCCGAGAGGGAGGUGGUGGCCGGGUCGCACGAGCUGGGCCAGGACUACGAGCACGUCACGAUGCUGCAGGAGCGUUUCCGAGAGUUCGCCCGCGACACGGGGAACAUCGGUCAGGAGCGCGUCGACGGCGUCAACAAGCUGGCGGAUGAGCUGAUCAACGCGGGCCACGGCGACGCGGCCACCAUCGCCGAGUGGAAGGACGGGCUGAACGAGGCCUGGGCCGACCUGCUGGAGCUCAUCGACACGCGCACGCAGAUCCUGGCCGCCUCCUACGAGCUGCACAAGUUCUACCACGACGCCAAGGAGAUCCUGCACCGCAUCCUGGACAAACACAAGAAGCUGCCGGAGGAGCUGGGCCGCGACCAGAACACCGUGGAGACGCUGCAGAGGAUGCACACCACCUUCGAGCACGACAUCCAGGCGCUGGGCACGCAGGUCCGGCAGCUGCAGGAAGACGCCGUCCGUCUGCAGUCGGCGUACGCUGGAGACAAAGCCGACGACAUCCAGAAGAGAGAAGGAGAGGUGCUGGAGGCCUGGAAGAACCUCCUGGAGGCGGCGGAGGCCCGGCGCUCCAAGCUGCUGGACACGGCCGAUAAGUUCCGGUUCUUCAGCAUGGUGCGGGACCUGAUGCUGUGGAUGGACGACGUCAUCCGGCUCAUCGAGGCCCAGGAGAAGCCCAGGGACGUGUCGUCGGUGGAGCUGCUGAUGAACAACCACCAGGGCAUCAAGGCAGAGAUCGACGCCCGAAACGACAGCUUCACGGCCUGCAUCGAGCUGGGCAAGGCGCUGCUGGCCAGGAAGCACUACGCUGCAGAGGAGAUCAAGGAGAAGUUGCUCCAGCUGACGGAUAAGAGGAAAGAGAUGAUCGAUAAGUGGGAGGACCGCUGGGAGUGGCUGAGGCUGGUGCUGGAGGUGCACCAGUUCUCGCGGGACGCGGGCGUGGCGGAGGCGUGGCUCCUGGGCCAGGAGCCGUACCUGUCCAGCCGGGAGAUGGGCCAGAGCGUGGACGAGGUGGAGAAGCUCAUCAAACGCCACGAGGCCUUCGAGAAGUCCGCCGCCACCUGGGAGGAACGCUUCGCCGCGCUGGAGAGGCUGACCACGAUGGAGUUACUGGAAGUGAGAAGAAGGCAAGAGGAAGAGGAGAGGAAGAGGCAGCCGGCAGAGGCUGCUGAGGCUGCAGCCCAGAGCAGGGAGGGCGAGCCGGUGUCCCAGAACGGGCUGCCGUCUGACCAGGAGUCGCCCCGGGAGAACGUGGACGAGGCGGUGAACGGGGUGUCGGAGCGCAGCCCCGCGGGGUCGCCCGGCGCCGCCCGUAAGGCCAAGCCCAGCCAGGCGGCGACGCUGCCGGCUAAGAGCCAGCAGGACGGCGCCACCUCUCUGCUGGAGGCCUUCCUGCACCGCAAACACGAGUGGGAGGGUCACAACAAGAAGGCCUCCAACAGGUCCUGGCACAACGUGUUCUGUGUGAUCAACCAGCAGGAGAUGGGUUUCUAUAAGGACCAGAAGAGCGCGGCGCAGGGCGUCCCCUACCACAGCGAGAUCCCCGUCAGCCUGAAGGAGGCGCUGUGCGAGGUGGCGCUCGACUACAAGAAGAAGAAACACGUCUUCAAGCUCAAGCUCACUGACGGGAACGAGUAUCUCUUCCAAGCCAAAGACGACGAGGAGAUGAACUCCUGGAUCUCGGCCAUCGUGGCGGCCGCGGGCUCCAGGGUGGAAGUGACGCCCAGCAGCCACAGCACGCCGGCCCCCGCCGCACGCGCCCAGACGCUGCCGGCCACCGUGGCGGCCUCCACCGCCGAGUCCAGCCCGGGAAAACGGGAGAAAGACAAGGAGAAACGCUUCAGCCUGUUCAGCAAGAAGAAGUAGACGCUCCUCUCCUCUUCCUCUCCUCCCGUCCCGCGGCUGUUUGGGGUCUCUCCUCGUUGUCCUCGUUCAUCCAGCUCCUAGCAGCUGAAGCUCAGAAUGUAGAUCUGUCUCUUUAGUCCAUCCUGAUGAUGAUUCCUAACAUUUCCUGAUCCCAAACAGCCUUCCUUCCUCCUCCUCCUCUUCCUCUCAAAGCGUGACUCCAGCAUGCCAGCUCCGAGCCAAAACUCUCCACUCUGUGCCUCUCAGCCGUCCGGUGGCCCAGAGUUCCCGCUCAGCUGCGGCGCGGCGGGAACCGUUGCUAGGAGGGACAGAACCACCGCCAGCGUGUCGGCAGCUGCUGUCCUACGGAUACGAUCACCGCCUGGAGGAACUCCCGCUCCGUUUUCCUUCCUGCUGUCUCUCGUCGUCCAGCUUCUCGUGUUUACGCUCCCGGUUCUCCUGGACGUCGUCGCUCGCUCCGGUCUGGCUCCAUCCUCAGCCGUUUCUGCGAGGCCUUGUCUUUGCAAGAUGCCGUGUAUCCCUGUGUAGAGGGGAACCUGGAGCAGGGCGGGGUCCGCUCCGGAUCCGCUCCGGACCCGCAUGCUGCUGCUCAGCCUGGGCUAAACUGGGCUAAACCGGGCUAAGCAGCUGCUCGGGGCCGUCUAAUUCCUGCAGCAGCGUGAGCGCCACCCGGCCCUGCUUCAUCUGUAUGUAUAACUUGUGUAUAACAAACUGUUUAAAAUAAACUUGUGUUUAAUUUCUUCACUUAUAUUAGUACUAAUAUUAUGACCAACCGUGAUAAGCUUCAGUGAUUUCUGUAUGAAGGAGGAAACCGAAUGUUUAAUCAGUUUUCCAACAAUCAGUCAGGUUUCUUUUCUACUUUAUUUCUGAAACAUUAACCUCUGACCUUUGUUUAGUUUUGUGUCUCAGAGUUAAUCAGUCUGAGGUUUAUUAGUCUGGAGUUUGAAGAUGUUCUAUAAAGUAACUUUAAGCUGUUCAGUGGAUUCUUUAUGUCUGGAAGUGAAUGUCGCUCGUUGGCUUCAGCUCCGUCGUUUAAAGUGAAACCUGUUGGAGCUUCGUGUGGACGCUUCCGUACGGAGCUUCAUUCAUGACAAAAGUCACUCAUUUAAAAUGUCAAAUUGAUCAGAUGUGGAAAAAGAUGCAACAUUAAAAUCACUUAUUGACUCAGUUUCCCACAAUUCUGCUCGUUUUAACAUGUUUUUGUGUGGGAUGUGAUUUAUGGUCCACAUUAUAAAACAGUUAAUUUGAUAACAAUCAAAAUUAUUUCCUCAGAUUUCCAUAGUAACCACCAUAACAUUGAUGAUUUUUAAAACAUGUUUCCAAAUGAAGAAUGUUCAUGUUUGUUAGAAAAUUAUACAUUUUGGAUUUCUGGUUGGUGGUGGGAGAAUAUUUUUUCUAUGAAAAAGACUCUUUGGAAGAAUCUCACAGAGAAGCGGUUCUCCGGCCUGCAGGGGGCGCUUCAGGCAGCAGCUGAUGGUUUCAGGCCUAAAAUGGCUGAUUACCAGAUUUUCCUCUAAAAACUACAAACUGAUCAAGAAGAAAAGUUAUUAGAUUUGAAUGUUUGGGCCUAAAUGUUUGACGUUUGUUUCAGUGAUUUUGUCAUUAAUGGAGUUCCGUACAGCCUGAAUAGAGUUGGUGUAAAGCAGCAGGAAUGAGGCCGAACAGGUCAAAGGUCAAUCAUUAUUUUGGGGGGGGGGCUGCUUCAUUUUUUAUUAUUUUGUGCUAAAAUCUGGCAGUUUGAUAAAUACUGUGCAUUUCUCUGUCACUGUAACCAUAGUAACCAGAUAUUUCUCCAUUCUGCACAACGUUGGGGUAGGUGGGUGGGGGUCAUAGGUCAUAGGUGGGUGUGAUGCGGACCGGGGGUCACUGCUAGUUGGAUCUGCACUGUAGAUUUCUCUCCCCCUGUUACAUCUGUGCAAAAAGCCAUUAAAAGCUUUUAAAACUAA